GCGGCAACUCUGGUCGCGCGCCUCCGGACAGUCAGGUUUAAAGUUUUAACCUCCACAGAGGCAAGUGGUGAGCGGAGCUGCUGGUUCAUCUGGAGCUGGUUAGUGUCACAGGUUUGAUACCAGCGAGGUGAGGAGGCGACCGAGGCUGCAGAAGGAGCGGCAGUCCCCCGGGUGAAGCUGCCUCCUUUCCCCGCCGCGGUGAAGCGAAAUUACCGUCCCCGCUGGGGCUUUAAAGUUCAGGCUAACUGUAGCGAGACUAGCAGCUAGUUAGCUCCGGGAGUUCACCCACAAUGGCAGCUGUGUGUCCGUCUCGACCGGCCCUGGUUGAAAUACCUGCCCCACAGCCUAAAAUAGCAGCUCGGAUGAGGAGGUCCUACCUGGAGAUUUUAAGUGCUCGUUUAGCUCCAGCUCCACUACCGAGGGGCAGAAGUGCAGCUGCAACCACCAGGCGGGUGCAGUCAUUGGACUUGCCCAUCAGCGGCGUGUGGACUGGGAGAAUAGAGGAGCAGUGCGAGAAGAUGGACGAGCACCAAACCCCCCUCUCCAAACAGCAGCUCGUGCAGCUGAUCAGAUCCCUUAUCUUGGUUGAGCAGAGCCAAGAGCCCAGAGUCCUGGCCUCAGACUUGAAGUAUCUCCAGGAAGACCUUCAGCUAAAGAAGGCGAACGUUUACAGGUCCAUCCCGUACUCACGCUUUGGCUCCAACAGAGAUGCUCACUGCUACAGGAAGGCGUAUCCUCACCUGGUGGCAUUUAAAGUUUCCUGUCAGGAGUGGGGCCAAGUUCUUCUGAGGAACAAAGAGUGGGACAGCGUGUUGGAGCACACACUGAUGGCGUGGCGCUACACCAGCGAGCUACCGCAGUGGGACACGGCGAAUCACAAUGCGAUCCGAGAGCAGUGCUACAGCAUUCUGGCAGCUCACAGCCUCACCGCUCUCCAGCACUACCGCCCUGAUACCAACAGAGGAAGCGAGCUGCUCAGAAGGUUGAAGAUGGCUCAGCUGUACAGCCAGUCAAUCGUGCCCUGUAUUCAGGAGCUGCAGAGGAUUAUGGGAUGUGCAGAAGACUCCUCCAUGGAUUCCAAAUAACAUGAUAAACACUAUUGAAACAUGUGGCUGUGCUCAAGUCACACAGGUGCUUUAAAAUGAUCUGAAAUCUUGGUGGCAAAGGGCCAAAAAGUGUUGUGAAACCACUACAGUGUUUUUCCAGAGUGCAGGGUAGCAACUACAGAGGUGAGUUGUCAGAUAAUGCAGGUUUAAAGUGUACAGAGGAAAAAAGUGGAUUUUUACACAACUGGAAAUCAUUGGUGUUACAGGUGUGUAACAUCUGUUGCGUCACAUGUCAUUAUGUAUUUAUCAUUAAUGUAACAUGGACCCUGCUACAAAAGCUCCCGUUCAACAUGAUUAGAAUCUUUUGUGAAUUUUUAGAAAUUUGUAUAGGAAAACCUUUGUAUUGACCAUUGUAAUGUAAAAAGUAUGAAAUGGCCUUUACUUGUUGCUUCUGUGUGUAAAUUGUGUCUAUUGCUGUUCUCAAUACUUGAAAGUAUGAAUUCAUCUCUGUCUGUAGUCAUGUUUUGCGUGUUGUAUGUCCUCGUACAGAAUGGUCUGCGUCACCGAUUGCACUGUUGCAGUUUGUCCUGAAAACUUGAAACCUUUUGAUAAAGUAGACCCUUAAUUUAAAUAAAGUCAUGACUUUAAAAUGCAAA